AUGAUGCCGGGCGAGACCCGCUCGGCGGCGCCCGGGACGGCGGCCGAGCUCGCGCGCUGCCAGGGCUGCGCCUCCAUGCGGCAGAAUUUAAAUGAACACGUGGAAGCAUUAGUUACUUUGAAGCAGAAGAUUAUCAACAUCGACAACCUGUUCACGGAGUACCAGAAGAAAUGUGACGAGCUCCAGUUUGCCAGAAGAGAGAAUAGUACUCUGCACCACCAAGUGGAACAAAUGCUUCAAAAAAUUUCUUCUCUGCAGCAAUGUCAGGAAGAUCUGGGAUCUUUAAGAGCAGAGCUUGAAGAGAAAAAGAGCUCUCUAAAGCUCUACCAGGACACGCACCAGGAGUACGCCCGCGUGAAGGAGCAGUGCUUGAGGAGCGACGCCCAGAAGAAGAAACUCGAAGCCAAGGUGAAGAAGCUGGAAGAGACUGCCGUCAAGCAGACUCAAGACUUCAAGCAACUGAGAAAUGAAAAGAAGAUACUUGAAAAGGAAUUUAAGAAGACGCAGGAAAGGCUUGAUGAAUUUUCUAAGCAGAAAGAUGAAAAGGAGUUGAGACACAUCGGCACGCAGAUUUCGAGUGACGCACAAGGAAGCAUAGACAAGAGAAAAGUAAAACUACUUCUGAAGGAACUCUGGCUCUGCAUAAACACGACACACAGACUACCUGGUGAAGGCAGCAGGUGUGUCCCAGAAAUACCUGCCAAAGAAAGCUUGGGCCCCCCAGAGUCCGGGGAGGACCAUGUGCCCACCCCGGCAGAAGGCUGCCCUCACGGCUCCGCCGACGUGCAGACAUGCCUGGCCGAGCUGUCCAUGGAGAUCGAGGGCCACUUCUCUGCCUGCAGAGACGCAGAGACGGAGAGGCCCCCGGGAGCAGCGUGCCCUCCCCACCCCCUCUCCCCCACUGACGCCGGGCCCCAAGUCGCCGUGCAGAGAGCCGAGCACGACCGAGCCAACCUCUCGCGUCCCGGCCGCCCUGUCGAUGACGACCUUCAAGCUGCAGUGGACUUCUUCAGGCUCCCGCCGCCUCUCCUGUCCCCUGUGCCGUCCCCCCCGCUGGUGUCGCCUCCACUGCUGCCCUCUUCACUUGCACCUGAGACCUACUUUGGAGAGUACACGGAUUCCAGCGAUAACGAGUCGGUGCAACAUCGAACUUCUGCCAACUCUGUUUCGGAAGAUGACACGGCUGAGUCACGGGAUGACAUGGGUUUGGCCAGAAGUGAAGAAGGAGGUGCCAGGGAGGACAGGCUGAGGUCACGCGACAUCAGCCAGGCACUCGCUACUUCGGAAGCGAGCCAAGUGACCACUCUGGGCUUUGGGACAUUCGCAGCCACUCUGAAGUCCUCCCCAGACGAGCUCUCCUUAGCGCCCGGGAGAGCCUGGGCUGCGGCCGCGUUGCUCACGGCGGGUAGCAGGAGGCAGGGCGCGGCGAGGGAGCAGGACAGGGCCGUGCAGACCGAUGGCGGGAACGCCUGUGUCGCGGAGCUGUCUGGCAGCCGAGCUCACACGCUGGCCGGGGCUGUGGGGCAGCCACACUUGCGUUCUCUUGGCCGGCGGACCUCAGAUGAGCUCACGGGGUGUGGAGGGAAAGCCCUGUCCGGGGUGCCCGGCUCUCCUGAGUCCCGGCUGCCCGAGCAGACCCCGCCCUAUGCCGUCUCUGCUGCAGCCACCCUCCAACCGCCGUCCACCCGAAUUCAGAGACCCUUGGGAGAGUUGGAAGAGGAGAGAGAAGAUGUGCAGGGGUCCCUCGUGGGAGAGUCACCUGAGCCAGAACAAGGUGCAGGUGGCACCAUGGACACCACAGGGGUGGGGGAUGCCACAGCAUCUUCCUCCCCUCCUACCUCAGGGGUGCUGUCUGUUUGCAGCCGGCCCCGCGCCUCCUCUGUCCCUUCUCAGGGAGCCCCUACGGAACCGCCCUGCUCAGAGCCUCAACUGCACAGGCUGGCGCUGUGGGCAGAGCCCCCUAAACGCGACGAAGGGGAGAGGGACCAGGAGAUCCUCCAGCCAGCCUGGAGCCCUGGCUUGGCAGCUUUUGACUGCGCUCAGCAGCGUGGCCAGGAGGUCGCAGGUGUGGCAGCCGUGAAGGGCGCAGCCAAAGCCUGCGUGCUGCUUCCGCCACUGUUCACGAGAGCCCUGUGGGAGGGGCGGGGUGCCAGUCAGGCCCCGAGAGCCGAGUUCAUGGCAGGCCAGCUGGGUGUCCCCCCGCUAGCCGGGUCCCAGUGCUUGACCAGGAGAGGCCUGGGUCUUGUCGGAAUCACGUCCUGGCACCACAGUGGCCUGUUACGGAAGCCUGAAGGAGCCCCGCUGAGGGCGGCCUCCGAUCUGGGACAGAAGACCAGCCACCAGCCAGAGGGGCCAGCGCCGUCCUCCCGAAAGAGCUGUGCCGCGGGCAGGCCCAUGCAUCCCGGGGAGGACAAUCCUGUGGGCGUCCAGGCUGCUGCGUCGCUGCUGCCUAACCAGGUGUCGGUCAUCACCAAGCAGACAAGACCAGAGCCCACUCCGAGUGCUAGGUCAGAGCCCCCGCAGCUGCCCAGGGGCCAGCCCACCUUGGCCCCAGAAAGUCCUGAGCAGGCGCCUGGGCACAUGCCGUCCUUGGUGAGGCAUGGAGGACAGACAGAGGCUUCAGCACAGAGGGUCACGGAGGGGGCUGUUACAAAAAGGACUUCACCAGAAGUUUCCACCUCUUGCAGAAAACUAGAUUUUGGUUCUCCAAGUAAUUCUUCGUGUGGUUCUUCCCCAGAAAAUUCUUACGGCUCCCCAAGUAGUAAAUUAUCUUGCUCUCCUGAAAACAUCCCAGUCCAGAAGCAAGAGAUGGCCCUGGAAGCGGCAGUGAGGGCAGAGGCCCAGAAGCAGGAUCUGUUCCUUUGUGCUACCUCUUCGGAGUCAUCCAGAACAGGUGCGGAGAGACUUCUUUCAGCCACAGAAGCGACAGUGCCUGGAGGUUUCCCUGUUGAAGAAAAGACCCAGGCAGACCCAGGCAGGCCUGGUGGUGUGGCCGUGGCCAUUUCAGCAACAUCUGGCCUGCAGCAGAGCCCGACAGAGGCCCCGCAGCUGCCACUGCAGGCUCCUGUGUCCCCUGAAGGUCCAGGCACCGCAGAACCUGCCUGGUCCUCAGCAGUUGGCAGGAAAGAUGAAGCGACACAAGCUGUACCCCAAAGUAGCCUUCCUGGUUCUCUGUUUUCUUACACGGACAUUCGGGAGCCAGCGGAAGGCGACACUGAAGUGGAGGAGAGCGAGGCUCCCAGCUGCAGUGAGGGGGAAAAUGAGGCGGAAGCCCUGAGGGCUGAGGGGCGGCCUGGAACUGCCCCGGCCGCCACAGCGGAGUCUGCAGCUAGGGAUGCUGGCACAGCCGAGCCAGGCUCCGGCUUUGAACUGGGCUCUCUGACCUCCGCCCUGCAGGACUGGGACAUAAGCGCGCUGUCUGAGGUGGACGGGCUGUCCACGUCCGAGGUGGUUAGGUUCCUCGAGAGUUGUCAGUUACGAGAUUAUAGUUCAGCGGACUCUGUUUCAGAAUGUUCCAGCAAAGGAACCCUAGGUAAAGAAAGAAGCAGAGAGUUAAAGCUAAGUGAGGCAGUAGGAGAAAAACACAGAAAACACCUCUGGGAAGAGGAAGCCAUCGAAGCCUCGGAAGAGGGGGCUGAGUCGGAGGAAGACGACAGUCUCUUCAGGAAGCCAGGUCAGCUGGCGCAGUGCUCUCUGGAGACCCUGGCCAAGGUUCUCACCCAGAUUGGACAGGGCCUUCAGGCCACUCACCGGGGGCACUCAGCCCUCUUAACCAGCGUGGCGGCCGACCUCAUGGACGAGCAGGGGCACCCUCAGGAAACCUCCAGCGCCUCAUCAUGCCCUUCAGAGCCAGCCCCGCAAGCAGCCCACUCGGACACUGAGGGCGGUGCUCCCGCGAGUAAUAGGGCUGAUUCCCAAAACACUCAGAGCAGACCUGGGGGUGACUUGGAUGCCCCCAGGCCCACAGACGGUAGAGAGGGGGCCCCUUCGGACGCUGCUGGCUCCAGCCCAGUGGUGGAGCAGGUGGCCCAGCACAGUGCCAGUGGGGAGGCGGGGGCGACAUUCCAGUGCCAGGUCUCCACAGUGACCUCUGAGGUCAUAAAAGUGCUUCUAAAUAAGGAUCAGAAUUUGGUCAUCGAGAAGGGGAACAACUGGACCAUCAUCAAUGGGGUGGCCCUCGUGCCCAGCGUGGACCAGGUGAUACUGUGUGACGCUCCUGGCGACGCCCCUGCUGCCCCAGAUCAGGAGGGACUGGGAACUGGCUUCACUGCACACACGAAGACCCCCGAGCCCGGCCCUGUGGGCCCUCAGGAGGCGCGGUGUAAUGGUGGCUCUGCCCCUGUCCACGGAGAGAUUUCCAGCAGCGGCCAGAGUUCCAACUUCGACAAAAGUCGGCUGCGCAACAGGCCCGUCAGGCCCAGCGUGAGGAUCAGCUCCCAGAUAUUCGAUCAGGACUUUGAGUCUCCACCUGCUGCGUCCGACCACACUUACUGCAACUCGAAACUGGAGCCCUGUGCCAAAAGUAAGAGGUCAAAGGUUUCCAACAAGGAUCAGUCGGGCAAAGCGGCGAAAACUUCAGCCACGGGCAGGGUUGAAACUGACCAGAGGGAAGUUUCAGAGUCACCCUCGGGGGAGAGAGAGCAGACAAAAACUCAGAGAAGCCACAAGCAGACCGUUCUGGCCACCGCGGACACCUCAACCCCCACCGAGGGCCCGGCUGACACGCUCAGUAAAAUCCGGCAGGAGGUGGGGCCGCCCCUGCCCCCCUUGCUGGCCCCUCUGAUAGCCACGCCCCCCAGGACGCUGCGCUCGGUGUCCCCCCUGAUCUCCAGCUCCAGCCCCACCUCGCCUGUCGGCCCACUUUCCCCCUUGUGUGACUUGCCGGCGCCUCCCAGGAUGUCAGAAGCCCCAGGGCACCCCUCUCCUCCAUGCCCUUCCCCCUCCCCGUCAUCCGUCUCUGCCGGGGGGAGGAUACUGUCCUCCCCUCUGCAGUUCUGUGCUGCGACCCCGAAGCACGCCGUCCCGGUGCCUGGCCGGCUCCCGCCCCUCGCCGCGGCCCACACUGCUGCGGCAGGGCCCCCGGAGAAUUCCGUGAAGAUCCUGGACACCAUGUACCCCGAGCUGUCGGCCAGGGCCCGCACCCUCAACCUUCUCAAAGGGAACAUUCAGCUCACGCGAGGCGCCCCUGCUGACGGUCAGAGCGCGCCCGGGCCAGUCGGCGCCAUCACGGGCUUCAAAGCCAUCACGCCCACGUCCACCGCCUUCGUGAAGGCCGGGGGCAGCUCUGGCGGGGACAGCGGCCAGGACAGGGCCCGAGACUUGGGGGCCGCCCAACAGGAUUCGGGUGGGAAGAGAGUGCUGCCGUCCUCGGCCCCGAGGAGCGCGAAGAGAUUGCGCCUGGACAGCUCCCCGGAGCCAGACCCUGGGGCCCCUGGGGCCGAAGGCCUCCACAAGCACGCCCGCAGGAAACUCCCUCCGGCUGAGGCGCCGGCGACAGAGGAGGAGAGCAGUUCCGCCCAGGCCGGCAGCACGGCUCCCCCGCGGCCGCUGAGCCCAAGGGAGACGGUGGAGUCCCACGACAGAGCCAUCGCGGAUGCGCUGCGCCGCAUCGCAGAGGCGCCCUUCGACCUGCUCCCCGUCAUCCGGUCCCACGUCUACGUGGGGAACAUCUCCAGGAAGCCUGUGAUGAGGGACCAGGAGAAAGACGUCGUCCAUGAGUUCAGCACGACGAGAAAGCACCUGGCAGAGUGCCUGCUCCACUCCAUCCUCGCGGAGCUGAGGGCCCAGAAGGCGUCUGUGGAGCACAGCUACGUCCACGCCCUGUGCAGGGUGUACGUGGGCAUCUGUCGGCAGCUCGGAGACCUGGAGAGGGCGCGCCUGCUCUGCUACAGCCUGCUCAAGGAGGAUUUUCCAGAGUCAGAGAAAUUGACUCUCUUCAUUGCGAACAUGUGGCACGAGGUCUUCCUCUCCCAGUCGGUGGUCAGCACGGCCAUGCAGCUGGUCGCCAGGCAGCGCGCCAAGGGCGAGGUCCUGAACUGUCUGCGCGCCUUCCUCAGCUGGGAGAAGAAUGCUCCUGUCGAUGUUGGCUUCAUGGUUUCCAAGCUGCUUUUGACCAUACAGUUGUGUCCAAAAACAGAAUUUCAGUCCAGCGAAAGAUUCGGUGAAGACCUGAGCGAUGCCACAUGGGAGUACAUAUUUGCCAUCGACCUGCUCUGCUGCCACCAGAAGUGGGUCUGGACACACGACAACAUCGUGAGUAAGGAGCUGUGGCCUGUAAUGGAUAAGUGGAUAAAAUACAGGAAAGGACACGCGAACAUCGCAUAUACUCCUGAUGUCAUCAUAGCGUCAGUACUCAGGCUGAUCGGUCGGUUAGGCCAAUUGGGUUUGAAGGAAGGAUUUCCGUCUGCUGUGAAAAACAUUAGCUCGGUCAUUGGCAUGUUCAUACAGCAUGCCCAGGACGAAGAUAUCCCGUGGGGCGUGCAGCUGGCGGCCGUGUACGCGCUCUGCGACCUGAGUCCCAGCAACCCCGCCGAGGUGUCCGCCAUCCUGGAAGCCUGGUGCAAGGCCGCCGCCCACAGCGUGCCGCCCGCCGUCCUGGGCGGCCUGGAGGAAGUCCGCUCCCUGUGUGCAGAAGACCUCGGCUAGGCCUCGGGCCUGCCCCAGAGAAGUGCCUUUGCCCGAGUCCAGUGUGACGGACGGUCUGCGCUCGGGUGCUGGGAUGACGGCGGCUCCCCGGGGCGUGGGGCCGCUGCAGGCGGGGCGGGGGAGGCCGUGAGCAGCUCCCCCAAACCACGUACAUUUCACUUAGGACGCGUGAGCCUGGAUGCGCGGCUUGUGUUACUGUGUCUUGGUCAAACACAAAAACUUGAAUUUAGCCCUUUUUUUGCUGCAGAAAGUGUCCUUUUAGUCGCUUUUUUAAUUCAGUGGCUUUUUAUAAUGAAUUUAAUAUAAGAACAUCGUUGAUUUGAGUCCUGAACUAAUUUUGGAUGUUGCACUCAAGUGACUGACGAGGAGGGAUCACAUUGACUAAACACAACCUGAUGACCUUCUGUGGGCGUAGCUACAAGUGUCUCUGGGGUGUGGCGCACAGCCCUCUGGGCAGACGCGGGGAGCCAGGUGCCACCGCCCGCCCGUGCAGCUCCCGCCCGCGGGUGCUCCGCUGCCGGCAGGGGCGGGGGGCGAGGCCGGCGGGGUCUGGGCCCGUCCUCAGGGCAGUGCUGAAACACGCCUCACGUGGGGUGACGCUCCGCUUGCGGGAUUUUAGUGCUUGUACAUAGAAAACGGGUUCAGUAGCUCACGAUGGUUCUGAUUUUUCUCAUUCAUCAUUUCUUAAAACUUGUAUGUGUUUUUUAUAAUAAAAAAUAAAAUAAGCCGUGAACGUGAACGUGUUUGUUCUGACCGGUGAAGACUGACGUGUGGCUUCUGCGCCAACCAGAGGUGCCGGCCGGAACCCAGAGGGCGCUGUGCCCUGGCAGCCCCUGAUGUGUGUAGGCGCGGCUGCCACCUUGGAGAGUCACGUCUCCCUCCCCAGGCCUGUUCUCAGGCAACCGCAGCAAGUUUUCAUGGCGAUCUAGGACUAGCUCCCUGUCGCCCUCGGGCAGCGGUCUGUCGGUGUGUUUCUUCCCUCUGCUGGGCCGCACCUGGCUGUGCUGCUGGCAUCCUCGGAACCCUGCACGGUGGCGCUCACCCAGUCAGCGACGCCUGGUGAGGGGGCCGGCGGGCACGGCCUCUGUCGGUCAGGCAGGGCCCUCUGCAGGUGGUGAGUAAGCGAGGGCCUGAAGCAGGCACAGGAGGCCCCGUGGCCAGGGGGCCCGUGGGGUCGGCGCUUGCAUGCUCUGGGAGGGGGCUGUGCAGAGCCCCUGGGACUCUAAGCAGGGGUGUCACAGGAGGGGUGAGGGUGGCAGCCUGAGCCCCAGAAUCCAGAGGCGUCCAAGAGGGAACCAGACCUGACACGCCCCUCCCUAACAGUGCGGGCAUCCUCAGAAACGCCCAAGCCCGUGCAGGUGGAUGCCCAGGAAGCUGCAGUUGGGGGUGCCCACGGGGUCAGAGCAGGGCA